AUGUCGAUACCACCAUCACUUGAAAGUUUGAACGCAGCAAUCAGUGUCCUAGCACAACAAGUGACACAACUAAAUAACCAAGUUAACCCAACGCCGGAAGCUAAUUUCGCGCCAUUCGAAAUUAGAAACCCCACGACGGGGCACAUUGCUCAGGUGUCGCACGAGGAUCCGUUGGCUCUUCUAAAAACUAUAAACGACUACGAUGGAAACCCGAAUCUCCUUAACCAUUGGCUGAAUAAAGCGAGGAGGAUCAACCAAAUUUUUUUUGCAACGGAUUCGGAUGCUCAACAAAAACAGGGUCAUUAUUACACAUUUCUGCUUGGACUAGAAUCCAAAAUUAUUGGACCUGCACAGGAAGUGCUUGCAAAAAAUAAUUACGAAGCAAAUUUCUCACUAAUGGAGAAGUUACUUAUUGAGGCGUUCGGUGAAAAGAAGAAAAUUGAACAUUUAUUAUAUGAGAUUAUUACAGCGGAGCAACAUGGAAAAAACAAGAUCAAAGAUUUCAGUAUCAACAACAAGGUACUUUAUACCAACAACGACAACACCAACGAGAUUUCCAACCGUUUCAAAGACAACAACACAGUUUUGAGCUACGAGAAUUUCAACCAUUUCAAAGACAACAACGAAGUUUUGAGCAACGAGAAUUUCAACCAUUUCAAAGACAACGAGGUUUUGAACAACGAGAAUUUCAACCAUUUCAAAGACAACAACGAGGUUUUGAACAACGAGAAUUUCAACCACAUCAACUGCGAGAUGGUCUCAUACAAAACAGAAACUAUGUUCAUGAUGGGAACAAAAACAGAACUAUGUUCAUGA